CAAAGAAGAGGCACUAAAGCUAAAAACGGGUGGUUGCCCAAUUCAUCCCCCGCUACAAAUAACAGCACCUGUAACCUACUACGACUCGCAAAAUUCCCAUUCAUGGAAGCCUCUGUGAGACUACUCACUUGUUCAAAUCGCCACCAUCUCCCCACUUCUCUCUUCCUCAAACUCAAUCACAAGCCCCUUCCUUUAUCACCCUCUUCAUUUCCCACCCCUUCACUUUCCUUAUCUCGCAAAAACGCCCCCCACAUUUUCUUGUCUCAUCGCAAUUUCUCCUCCAAUUCGUCCUUCCCACUUUCACCUCCAUUUAGGUUUUCAAAUCCUCUCUUCAGUACAUCACAAUUCUUCAAUCCCAUCUUAUCCAGCAAUCGUUUUGCCCGUAUAGUAUCGGCUCCGCAAGACGGUCUAUUCAAUUGGCAUUUUGCUGCAGGCGGCGAAAAUGGUAGUGAAAUUGUGGUGCCGCCGAAAGAAGGCCCAAUUGUGACGGUUGUGUUAUUGGGUUGGCUCGGGUCGAAGCCCAAGCAUUUGAGGAGGUAUAUUGAGUUGUAUAACGCUAGGGGCAUUCACGCUGUAACAUUUGUUGCUUCUGUGAGAGAUGUGCUUUCGUUCGAUUUAGGGAAGAAAUUAGAGGAGCGGAUUGCUGUGCUGGCAAAUGAGCUUUCUUUGUGGUUGUCGGAAUCAGACAAGGAUGGCCGUGAAAGAUGUUUGGUUUUUCACACCUUCAGUAAUACUGGCUGGCUUGCUUAUGGUGCAAUUCUAGAGAAUUUGAAAAGCAGAGAGGAUUUGUUGCAAAAGAUCAAGGGAUGUAUUGUUGAUUCAGGUGGUGACCCCAAUAUAAGCCCCAAGGUCUGGGCAGCAGGAUUUACUACAGCCCUGCUGCAGAAGCGUAGCUCUUCUGUAUAUCCUUCAGUGGAAGCUGGAGAAGGAAUUGAAGUGCAAAGUGGGUUAACCUCAGGAAACAUUCAAGGGAAAGAACCCAUGUUGAUGGAAACCUUGCUUUUAGCUGCAUUUGAGAAGCUUUUCUCAUUUCUUCUUAAUUUGCCUGAUGUUAAUGCGCGGCUGAGGAAGAUAAUUUCUGCCCUUGUCAAGAACCAGCCUUCUUGUCCGCAGCUUUAUCUUUACAGUUCUGCUGACAAGGUCAUUCCAAUUCAGUCGGUUGAGUUUUUUAUUGAAGAGCAGAGAAAAAGUGGGAGAAAGGUUCACUCUUUCAACUUUGGCUCAUCUCCCCAUGUAGACCAUUACCGGACUUUCCCAGACAUUUAUGUAUCUGUACUACAGAAAUUUCUCGAAGAAUCUAUGCUCGUUCCAAAUGGAGUGUACCAAGUAGAAAGCCAGGUCAAUGGAUCAUAGGCGUUGAAAGUGGUUAUUGUCCCUCCUAGUUCCUUGUUGAAUUGCUUUAAUUUGUGGCAAUGCAUCGUAAGAGUAGCAACUUAGUCUCGUGCGAAGUGGAUUUCAAUUGCUACUCGGGCAGUAACAUUAUGCAUGCCUUUAAAUUAAUCAAUGAGGCAAAAGUAAGGCUUACUGCAGCCGAACUGAUGGUGAUUGCCAUUGUCAUUGGUCCAAAGUAGAUAAUACAACUCCAAUCGACUGGAGCCAAUGUUCUAAAAAGAUGAGUAUGUCCAUAUUUUCCUUAUCUGUGUUUCAGAAAUGAGCAUGUAGUGAUUGUCCUCUGCCUAAUCUCUAUACAUAUUAGUAUGUAGUAGGCAUGUUGCUACUUUCACAUUUGACAUUGUUUGACUUAGGUAGGGAUAUCCAUCCUUGGAUUUAAUAUUUGUGUAAAUGAAUUCUGUUCUAUCAAAUUCCACAUAUCUUCUUUCAUAAAAGAAGAAGAAUAUAUCCAUGUAUCUUAGAACCUAUCCUGGAGCAUUCUUAUAAGGCAAUGUUGUUUCCUUUUUUA